AUGGGAUCCAUCGCAAGAAGACAGAUUGGCGAAAGUCACCAAUGGUGGAAAGAAGCUAUCGUGUAUCAAAUCUACCCUGCCUCCUAUCUCGAUACCAACGGUUCAGGAGAUGGUGACCUCAAUGGCAUCACCUCCAAAUUACCUUACAUUAAAUCACUCGGUGUAGACGUGGUAUGGCUCUCACCCAUCUACGAAUCACCCAUGAAAGAUAUGGGCUAUGAUGUCUCCGAUUACCGGGCCAUCAACCCCAUGUUCGGCACCAUGGAAGACUGGGAGCGUCUCGUGGCCAAAGCCCACGAACUCGGUCUCAAACUCGUCAUGGACCUCGUCGUAAACCACUGUAGCGCCGAGCACGCCUGGUUCAAAGAAUCCGUAUCCGGCGGCCCUAAUGGUCCCAAGCGAGACUAUUACAUCUGGCAGCCUCCCAAGAAUGGCAAGGAGCCCAGUAAUUGGGGCGCCAUGUUUGGUGGUUCAUCCUGGGAAAAAGAUCCCUCGCAUCAGACAGAUGAGUAUUAUCUCCAUGUCUACGACGUCAGCCAACCAGAUCUCAACUGGACCAAUCCGGCUCUGCGUAAUGAAGUAUGGGAUAUCAUGCGAUUUUGGCUUGAUAAAGGAUGCGAUGGGUUCCGUAUGGAUGUCAUCAAUUGCAUCUCCAAGGAACCCGGGUAUCCGGAUUUCGAAGUCACCGAUCCACGCGCAGAAUUCCAGUUCGGUAUCAAGGGUAACUUCAACGGACCACACGUCAAAGAUUACUUGGAAGAAAUGCACCGCGAAGUUCUGCAAUAUUACCCCGAAGCAUUCACGGUCGGCGAAACCCCCGGCAUCCACACGCCCAAGGGUGCAUUAGGAUUAGUGCAAGGAGGAAAACCCCUCCAAAUGAUCUUUAAUUUCGAACACAUGUUCUUCGACAUCCAGGAAGGGCAAAAACCCUUCUUCCCGCGCUCUUCAUGGAACUUGACGGAACUUAAGAAAAUCCUCGGCGAUUGGAUGUCCUACAAUGCCGCAAACGAUGGCUGGGAUUCCCUGUACGUCGAGAACCACGACCAACCGCGUAUUCUCGGACGUUGGACCAGCGAUCGCCCAGAGUGGAGAGUGCAAGCUGCGAAGAUGCUCGCACUGUUCCACGCCACUGGUCGCGGAACGGUCUUUAUAUACCAGGGCCAGGAAAUCGGCACUGGAAAUAGCACGUGGUGGAAAAACGAAGAGUUCCGAGAUCUGGAAGAGAUUAAUUUCUUCGCGGCAGAGAAGGAACGAAGGGAAAUUGCUGCUCCGGGCAAAGAGGUUGAUAUGACUGAUGUGCUGAAGGGUAUCCAAGGAUACGGAAGAGAUAAUUCUAGAAUGGGCAUGCAGUGGGAUGACUCCCACAACGGGGGGUUUUCCAAUGGCACACCGUGGAUCAAAACGAAUGAGGAAUACAAGGAGAUUAAUGUGGCAGCUCAAGAUGGUGUUAAGGGGAGUGUACUCGAGUUCUGGAAACAGAUGAUUCAAGUUAGGAAAAAUAAUCGCGUCUUGUGUAAAGGUGGAUUCGAAAUGGUGGAUCAGAAAAAUGAAGAGGUGUAUGCCUAUGUGAGGAGAGGUGAGGGUAAAGAAUAUCUCAUUGCGUGUAACUUUAAGGAGUGGGGUGUUACGUGGGAUGUUCCGGUUCAGAAGGGAAGUUUACUGUUUGGAAGUUAUGAGGAGGGUGUGGAGAGUGGGGAGGCAGAGGGCCAAAUGAAGUUGAGGCCGUUUGAGGGUAGGAUUUAUGUGAGGGAUAUUUGA